ACCACCACCACCACCAUCACCACCACCGUUCUAGACGCGUUCGUUGUUGUUGCACCGUUCGUUGCACUAUUCCAAGACGUAUAAUGCGAACUUCUUACGAGGGAAGAUAUUUAUUGGAUUAGUCCGUUUCUUGGACCAAACGUAUCAUCGUAAAGGGGGUAACGUGAACAACCAUCCUGUUCAUCGUUUGAGAAACACACGAUGGUCGUCCUAACAACAUUGUCGUCCCUCGUGAUACUUCAUGCUAUAGUUACUGCGGUAUCAUCUAACGAUCGUGAGACAAGAGUUAAGAACGAUCAUUUUCAUGGAGGAAUUUCUCACACUAUUCAAAAUCGUCAAGUAGUUUGGCCCCAUUGGUUCCGUGAAAGACAAAGUCGUCUUCAAGAUAGAAAACAUGAGUGGAAUCAUUUUGAAAGUUACAAAAAUGAUAAUAACUAUAAUAACGAUGAUGACGUUGAAACAACUAUAGCAGUUGCACCUACGAUAGGAGGAACAUCAUCGAUUGGUUAUUCAUCGUUUGGAUCAAUUGUAAGACCUAAUGCAACAACUAGAUCGGACAAAUUUGGUGCCAUUGCUGUUGCCGAAUAUUCCGGUACCAGGGCAAUAGCUUAUGCAGGAUUUCACGAUGAUCAUCGGCAUCAUUCUUAUCCAGAAACUCCUGUUACACGUGGCUAUCAACGAAUUCUUACAACUACGCCUGCGACAUACACCAGACAUCAUUCAGGAAGGCGUGUAUGUGCGCGACAAACCACUUCUUCUUCCCCCCACCAUCAUCACGGAAAACAAAUCAGGUUUGUCUACACCGAAGUUUCGCGCGGUUUUAUGUGCUGUCCAGGUUGGAUGCAAUUUACACGUUUCAGUUAUGGUUGCAAUAAACCAACUUGUUCACCGUUAUGUUUGAACGGUGGAACCUGCAUUUCUCCAGGGAGGUGUAUUUGUCCGAAAGGUUUUACCGGUAGCCAAUGCCAAUCGGACGUAGACGAGUGUGUGACAGAGAAACCAUGUGGACAACUUUGCAGAAACUUACCUGGUAGUUACGAGUGUUACUGUAGACCCGGUUUUCAUCUUCAACAAGAUGGACAAUCCUGUCGCAGAAACGGCACCGAGGACACAGCUUUCGAGGCUCGAGAUCUAGAGAACGACUUCCAUGAAUCGUUGACGUCGACGUCGACCACGACGACGAGUACCACGAGAAAACCAACUACCACCUCCUCCUCUCAUGAUGUAGAUAACGAAGUGGGGGAUGUUGACCUCGAUCAGGACUAUGAAAUCAUCAUGAGGAGACUAACUAAACUUGAAAAACAAGUGGCCAAAAAUAAAAAAAGAGAAACCGAAUCUACGGAUAUGAGCGCAAGAAUUACUAUGGCUGUUGAAAGUAUAAACGAUAUGAGAAGAGCUGUCGAAAAUGUGCAACUAAUGCAACAAGAAAUAUAUGACAUGAGAAAUAAGAUGAAGCAUUAUGAGUUAGAGGCAAGGAAGGUACAACACUUAACGAAUCGUGUAACAGAUUUAGAAAGUAGGCUAAGAACACGUUGUAGACCUUCCUUAACACUGGAUCCAUAAAUUUAAAAACUUAUUUUAGAUAGA